AUGCGCAGCGAGUACACCAACGAGUGGGUCACGCACAUUGCGGGGAAGUGGGACGCAUCGGUGGCGGGCAACAGCACUCUGAAGGAGGCUCUUGUUCGCUCUUUUGCCGACGAGGUGCUGGAGUGGGCGCCCAUGCAGGUCUACACUGUCACCGCCCUGUGGGACGCAGCGGAGUUCUACGACACGUUGGAGCCCGCCCUCAUCCUGGAGGAGAGGCUUCGUCUCGGCAUCCCAGCUCGCACUUUGCACCUGGAGAUGCUGAGCCACCUGAGCACGCGCCUCAUCAGGGAGAGGUCGGCGUACGCGGAGCCCAUCGCGACCGACAGGUCCAUCUGCGCGGGGGCCAGGCGCGGCAUCGACUUCGGCAGGGUGGCGCUGUACGCGGUGCUCGAGAAGGUGAGCACGAAGUACGAGCAGGUCUACGUGCGGUCGUGGGUGCACGACGUCACGACCAGGAUGAAAGGCUCCAGGCGGGAGGUGGUCAGGCAGCUGGCCAACGCGGGAGUGGACUUCGCAGCAGGUGUCAAGAAGGCGCGGUUGACCAUGUCCACGAAGUCCGCACUCAUCGGGAACGACAUGGACGUGGCGAAGGAGGUUGCGCUGAAGCUGCAUUCGCGCAACAUCACCGCGAAGGUCAAGAGUCAGGUGGAGAUCGCGAAGGGGGACCCCGCUUUCGGUGCCGCCUUCGCGCUGCUGCGACGGGCGAUGGUCAACACGCUGCUGAACCUUGCCUGGGACCCGAAGGGCCCGCGGCACUGGGUGUCGGACGCUGGCGAGGAGUUCGGCGGCGGCAGUGACCCCACGGGCUUGGACAGCGACGUGGACAUCAGCGACCGGAAGCAGGCCCCCAGCGACGCGAUCGAGAGGAGGCAGUGGUCAGCAGCGGCCAACCACUACGCUGGGAAGGGGCUGGAGGACGGCGCGGACUUGCGCUCAGCCAGGGCCCUGAUCCGCAAGUUCAAGGCGAAGGGUGAUUACGACAAGGUGGGGGCGCAGCUCGCCCUUUUCAUAGGAGCGGUGUGGCCGAGGCAGCGGGUCGCCGACCUGGGCAUCGAGGUCAGCAUGCACCCGAGCGAGGACGGCCAGGGCCCCAGCGAGUGGCUGCUCGCGGCGGGGGGCGCGUCGGGAGGCGAGCACACGGCGGACCCAAGGCUGAGGAGGAUCGCGCGGGGCUGGGUCAUCCUGCAGACGACGGAGCUGAACAAGCCGAUGUUCGUGGCAGGCGCCAGGGGCGCAUUGGCUGGAUGGAGGCAGAGCGUCAACAGGGGCGAGCUCACGGCGCUGAAGGAGCUACUCGCAGCCGCCAGCGGGUACCAGAAGAUCAGGUACACGGCCGACUCGGCGUACGUCAUGCGGGGGGUUCGUGAGCUGAUCAAGGGGAAGGAGCUCGACCUCGUGAAGACCGAGAGCCACAUAAGCGCGAAGGAUGCGGUCGACGCGGGCGUGGACCCCAUCGACUUCAUCGGCAACGUCCUAGCCGACGACUUCGUCGACGGCAUCAUCGAGCGGGUGCAGGUGCCCAGGGCGCAGGCGCGCACGCUGGGGUUCGCCGAGGGGAUCGCCGCCCUUGUGCGGUCCCGCGGGCUGGCGACGCUCCAGGCCGCGAUCGAGGUGGAGCCGUCGGCGGGGCCGUCGCAGAAGGAGCGGAGAGAGGCUAACAUCCAGAAGAGGCGGCGAGAGAAGCUGCUCGCGGAGACGAAGCACGUGAUCACGUACGACGUGGAUGGCAAGCACUACGGGUGCAGCAGGUGUGGAGGUCGCGUGCCCAUCCUCAAGGCGGCCGCAUGGCUCGCGGAGGAGUGCAUGCCUGUCGAGAGGUCGAAGGCGAGCAUGCACGGCGCGACCUCGAGCAAGGCGCAGAUCGGCCACCAGAAGAUCCACGCGAGCCACCACAGCGUGUACCACGACGAGCUGUGCCUGCACUACUGCAAGCGGUGCGGCUGCAUCGCGAGGGAGAGCAUGCGCGACCUG